UCAAAAUGGCCUAUCUCAUAGUCGCGUUUUUAGUGAUUACAUUAUCAUUAUGUUAUUAUUUAUUUACAAGGAAGUACGAUUAUUGGAAAAAACGGAAUGUGCCUCAUCUCGAGCCUACCACGUUUUUCGGGAAUUACAAAGACUACCUCCUUUUGAAAACAUAUUUGCCGAAAGUAAUCGGUGAUAUUUGUAAAAAAUUCCCAAAUGAGCCGUACGUUGGUGCCUAUUUCGGCACGGAACCCGCCCUCAUCGUCAAGGAUCCUGAAUACCUGAAGCUUAUUAUGAUGAAGGACUUCUACUACUUCAACAGCAGAGAGAUCAGAGACUUCACCGACAGUGAAAUUAUUACACAGAAUGUAUUUUUCGAAAGCGGGAACAGAUGGAAGAUCCUCAGACAAAACUUCACGCCGUUGUUCUCUUCGGCUAAAAUGAAGAAAAUGUUCUAUCUAAUAGAAGAAUGUUCAACAGUACUCGAAAAAAUAUUGGACGACGCAUCAACUGUACCUAGCACCGAAGCAAGAUAUCUCAUGUCCAGAUUCACCAUAGACUGCAUUGGAUCUUGCGUUUUUGGGCUGAACACAGAAUGCUUGGCAGUCAACGAUUCCAACAACCCCUUUCUUCAUAUCGGCAAAAAGAUUUUCGAGAUGAACAACAUCAGAGCUUUGAGAAGCAUUGGCCGUGCCCUGUGGCCGUCUGUAUUCUACAAGCUAGGUUUUACCGCUUUUCCCUCUGAAAUCGGUGAUUUCUUCUCAAAGCUGCUAGUGAACGUGUUUGAGCAGCGCAAGUAUAAGGACUCGGGUAGACAUGACUUUGUGGAUCUCAUGCUCAGCUUAAAGCAAAACAAAUAUAUUAACGGGGACAGUAUUGCCAAUAUAAAAGGCGAUGACAAGAAAACUACCAUGAAAGUUGAUAACGCUCUUCUGUGUGCCCAGGCGACAAUAUUCUUCGCAGCGGGAUACGAAACCUCUUCAGCGACCAUGAGUUUCGCACUUUACGAAUUAGCAAAGAACCCAGAGAUUCAGGAGCGUGCCAUUGCUGAAGUUGACGAAUACUUUAAGAAAAAUGACAAGUUAUCGUAUGAGAGUGUUAAUGAAACACCGUAUCUUCAGGCUAUUACGAAUGAAACUUUGCGCCUAUACCCUGUGCUCGGUAUGCUAACCAGGGAGGUGGUAGAAGACUACACGCUUCCCUCAGGACUCGUGUUGAACAAAGAUCUGCGCGUCCACAUCCCAGUGUACCACCUGCACAGAGAUCCCAACAACUUCCCAGAGCCCGAUACAUUCCGCCCGGAGAGGUUCUUGGAACCAGAUACCAUUAAGCCGUUCACUUAUAUGCCAUUUGGAGACGGACCUAGAAUAUGCUUGGGUAUGAGGUUCGCCAAGAUGCAAAUGACGGCUGGUCUUCUCACCGUUUUUAAGAAGUGCAGGGUUGAGUUAGCAGAUGAUAUGCCAAAGACACUAGAAUUCGACCCUCGUGCCCCCACCACGCAGACAGGGUCAGGCAUUAAUCUUAAAUUCAUCCCCCGAACAUACUAAGUAACUUACGACACAGUAAAAAUGCUUUAAAAUAAUCCAAAGUAACGAUAAUUAUUAAGCUCCAAUUUCCUGCAACCGGAUUUAGUUUUUAUAAUAUUGGUCUCUAAAAGCUAUUAGCAUAAAAAUAAUUUCCAUUUAAGCAUGGAUUUUUUAUUAUUUACCUAUGGUAAGUUUUAUAAAAUAGCGUAGCAUUUAGCUACUAUUCCAGGUUCCUCGAAACCUAUUUCAGGCACCAGUCUCUCACAACACUAGUUGAUAAGCUCACUCACUAUGUAUUUGCAAGCAAUGUAUCUAUUUACCUAAUGUUGUGAUGAGACAAAUAAAGUUAUAUUUAAUUAUUUUUUUAUUUAAACUAUUAUGUAUUCUGUGACAUAGCCUUAAGGAUAAUAAACAUUUGUAUAAAUCGUUGUAAGUUUUUUUUCUAGAAAGUCGUUUAGUAUUAUCAGGCGUUAGCCACGAAGCGAUAAAUUGUAAGACUUCGUUUAGUCAGACUUUAUAUUGUAAUAAUAUUGUAACUACGAAAAACAAGGUUUUUCUUUAUUUCCGAGGGCCAUGAUAAAGUUGAUAAUGUAAAAUUAAAACAUGGCUAGUGAUUUUUUUUAAUAAAUGUUUCUUUAUAAUAAUUCUAUUAACGGAAUUCCUUUUCAUUGGCGUAUUGUUCAAUUAUUAUGUAAUUAUUGUAUGAAUAGC